GUAUGAGAGUGCUUUUAGUCAGUUCUUGUGACUUAAACGUUAAUUCUAGAGAUAUUUUAUAUAAUCUUUUAAGUUAUUAUCAUACAGUAUUUACGUUAUGACACAUUUUAUACUAGGUUUUAGAUGUUUUGGUUAAUAUGAGUUUAAGUAUUUAUUUUUUUAUAAUAUAAUAAUUUAUUUUACCGAAUUUAUUUUACCGAUAUUUAUAAUAAAUCUUCAUAUAUGCUUGAAGAAAAAGUGGAUCACCUAUAUAAUUUUAUUUGCAAUUGAAGUUCAUGAUAUUCAAACUAUGUCAAAAUGGUGAAGAAUGGCAAAAAUUGUCCUCCGGCUCGUCUCCUAUCCACAACGUCGGAUUAUGAGGGCGAACAGCAUUACAAAUUGGUGCCACCGGACGGAGGCUGGGGAUGGCUCGUCCUGGCCGGUUCCAUGAUGGUCAACAUUCUGGUGCCUGGCACCGUCAAGUCAUUUGGUGUGCUGUUCGUCGAGUUUUUGGAAGUUUUUGAUGCCAGUCCAGCGGCUGCUGCCUGGAUUCCGGCACUGUGCUAUUUUCUUUACAGUUCUUUAGGACCAGUCUCGUCGAUUCUUUCUGUAAAAUACUCUUAUCGCACUGUUACUAUUCUUGGAGGUACUUUUGCAGCUGCUGGUAUGAUAAUUAGCUUUUGGGCUUCUUCAGUUGUUUAUUUAUACUUCAGUUAUGGAAUUUUAGUAGGAACCGGUGCUGGCCUGAGUUUUCCUCCAACAGUUUAUAUAGUCACAUCAUAUUUUGUAAAAAGGAGAGGAUUAGCUAAUGGGUUGUGCAUUUCUGGUAGCGCAAUAGGAUCAAUAGUUCUACCUCCUGUCUUAAGAUAUUUAUUACAAGCCUAUGGAUACAGAGGCGCGGUGUUAAUUAUGGGCGCAGUUACUUUAAAUGUGUGGGUCGCGGCUAUUUUUUACCAACCGGUAGAGAAACAUAUGAAACGUGUGAUAGAAGACUCUGAUGUAGGAGAAUCUACCGUAAUCGAAUCUCCUAUUACUCCGGAAAAUAAUAAGGUCGCCAAAUUCAUGAUAACAUCUGAUGAAAUGCUUGCUUCUCCUGCUAAAAGUGGAAAUUUGUCUCCUGAAACGCAGCUGAAAUUUGCUUCUGAAAUGGAUAAUGGUUUUAUACGAAGUGCUUCGGCAGUUGUUGUGCAAAACUAUCGAAAGAAUGAAGAACGAGAACGGAAAACUAGCGUUCCGACACGUGAUUAUUAUCGAACGAAUUCAGUAACCAAAAAUCAAAUGAUGAGCACUCCUGCACUUCAUUCGGUGCCGGAAUCUGCAAGAUCUAAAGACUACUACUCUCAUAGCCGGUUGCCUUCCUUGAAAGAGAGGAGUAUUGGUAAAGUUCCGAAAAGGUCGCCUUCAACCAGCAGUUUUCAGUAUGUAAGCACGCCUUAUCACGGUAGCACCUUAUCAGCUCUACAACCAUCAGAAUUUACAUCUCACAUAAGCUUGAAGUCAUUGGGAAAAUCCUUGAAUCCAAUAUCUACCUGUUACAAAAGUAAAGAAAAACUCCAGGAGGAUGGUAAAAGUAAAUUUUUUGAUAUCAGUUUGCUGUGCGAUCCAACUUAUUUAGUAAUUUUAAUAUCAAAUUGCACAAAUGCUAUAAGUUACACAAAUUUUGUAAUUCUCAUACCAUCUUAUGCCAUCACAUUAGGUUUCGAUAAAGAAUUAGCUGCUUGGUUGUUAUCCAUUGUAUCCGCAUUAGAUUUAAUAGGUAGGAUCGGCGGUUCAGCCUUGUCAGAUACAGAGUUAAUUCCAAAGCAAUGGUAUUUUAUUGGCGGGUUAGCAAUAUCAGGUGUAUCUCUUGCUCUACUACCCCUUGCUCAUGAUUAUGUACUAGUAUGUGUAUGUUGUGGAAUAUUCGGGGUAGCUUCUGGAGUUUAUGUUGGUGUAACAGCUGUUAUAAUGGCAGAUAUGUUAGGAACCGAAAGGCUCACUUCAUCUUAUGGAAUAAGUUUGUUUGUAAAUGGAAUAUUACAAUUGAUGGGACCCCCACUUUGUGGCUUAUGGUACGAAAGAGCUGGCACAUAUGUUCCAUUAAUCACCACGCUAGGUUUAGUUCUAAUCGGUGGUGCCACUAUAUGGGGUUUUAUACCAUUCAUAAAUCGUAGAAAAGACUUAGCCAAAAUAUUGACAGUGAUUGCAAUAAGGAUUUACUUGAGAAAGCUUAAUUUAUAUUAUACAUGUUUAAUGCCAUACUUAAUAUACUUUUAAUUGAUUGUGUAUUUUAUCCAAUAGAUUGCA